AUUGUUUCUAAGCUAAGACCCCACAUUGAAAACCCUGCUGAACUUCCGAUUACCUUGAAUUUCAAUUUAGAAAUGUGAAAGCUCCUUUAUAUCUACAUUCAACAAUUCUUAGUCUUAAGCAUUGAAUUGAAUUUUCCCCAAACUUGAAGCUUCCUAUAAGCUGCUCUUCUUCUUCUCUCUCCUUAGCUGCUCUUACAUCCCCCUCUUCCUUCCAAGUUUCGAAAGCUACUUCCCCCAUAUUUUUUUAUUCUUCUUUUCAAUCUAAUAAAUCUCAACUUCCUUUUAAUUGAGUUAUUUCCCUCUUAAUUCACUACUCUCUUUUUAUUUAAUUUUUCAACUCAAAGUAUGCCUCCAACACGACCUUUUCUCGUGUUUGGAGUGGUCGUAUUCGGAUUAUUAAUCACCAUCGUUUCUGCUACGGCUACGGCUACCAUUGAUGGUUCCCAAAGUAAACAAAGGUUCCGGGAAGCACCACAAUUUUACAACUCAGAAGAAUGUCCGAAAAUCGUGUCAACUGAAUUCGAAGAUGAUGAUCAUCAAGAUGUAUCAUUACCUAGCUCAGCUUUAGAUCCUGAUAGUGUUUUGGUGUGCUCAGAUGAAGCUGUUCAUGUAGCUAUGACUCUUGACCUUACCUACAUCCGUGGUUCAAUGGCUGCCAUCUUGUCUGUACUCCAACACUCUUCUUGUCCACAAAACAUAUACUUCCAUUUUGUAAUUUCUGCAACACGUUCCAAUGCGUCUGAGUUGCACACCACUAUUUCGUCGUCAUUUCCUUAUCUUCGGUUUGACCUUUACCCUUUUGACGACUCUGCUGUUGCAGGGUUGAUUUCUACUUCUAUCCGGUCUGCCCUUGACUGUCCUCUUAAUUAUGCUCGAUCCUAUUUAGCGAACCUUCUUCCUUUGUGUGUUGGUCGUGUUGUAUACCUUGAUUCUGAUGUUGUUGUUGUUGAUGAUAUAUCAACACUCUAUAACUUCAAUUUAGUUGAUGAUAAAGUAUUGGCUGCACCUGAGUAUUGUAAUGCCAACUUUACUACCUACUUUACUCCAACUUUUUGGUCUAAUCCUUCGCUGUCGGUCACGUUUGCAGACCGACACGCUUGUUACUUUAACACCGGAGUAAUGGUUAUAGACUUGAAUCGGUGGCGUGCCGGGGAUUACACCAGGCGGAUCGAGGAAUGGAUGGAACUCCAGAAGCGGAUGCGCAUCUAUGAGCUAGGCUCAUUGCCACCUUUCUUAUUAGUUUUCGGCGGUAAUAUUGUCCCCGUUGAUCACCGAUGGAAUCAACAUGGUCUUGGUGGUGACAAUUUCCGGGGACUUUGUCGGGAUCUGCAUCCGGGCCCAGUUAGCCUUCUGCAUUGGAGUGGGAAAGGGAAACCAUGGGCCCGCCUUGACGCCAAUCGUCCUUGUCCUCUUGAUGCGUUGUGGGCCCCUUACGACCUUCUCCAGACUCCCUUCGCUCUCGACUCAUAACUCUUGCCGACAAAAUAGUACCCCGCCUGAAUUUAGUUGUCACUUCACCAAUUCAAAUUUUAUCAUUAUCCAUGUGCAACUAAUUCCGGAUGGAGGGAGAUUGAAAAUUGUCAGGUUUCAUCCAUCUGUAUCUAGUCUCUCUGGCGCUGGAUAGUCGGAGGGUAUCAUAUUCAUAUACCAUACUCUUAGUAUAAAUAUAUACAACGAUCAAAGCCGGAAUAUUUCUGCAAUUCUAACAUUGUAAAUGAAGGAGCAGAACAACAAUAAGGAUCGAGUUAAGAAGAUCGAGAUCAAGUAAAUGCAGAUAAAUUACAUGUUGUACUUUUUUUUGUUUUUUUUUUUACUUUUUUAUUUUUUUACUGGUACUCCGAGUAUUGUACAUCCAAGUCAACGAUGCCUUUAUUCCAGAUAAAAGUUUAGCUAGGACAUAGUUGGCGGAGUAGAGAUUAUACAGCCAUUAAUCUUUGUUUAGUAGCCAAAAUAAUGAUUAUGUACUAAUAAUUGUUCCAUGCGAACAACUAUCAUACGAAGUAUGCUUUAUGCCUUUAUUCCACACAAA